AGGUAUCAAGACGAAUGGCUUAUCGCCAGGGAAGCCCAGCCGAGAGGGGGUGCGACCGGCGCGCGGUACCAGUGCGAGAAAAGGGGAUUUCCUCACGCCGUGAGGAGAGCGGAGGAGACGAAUGGCUUCGGUAGUCCGGGGCGUCUUCAAGGCGAUCAGAGAAAAAGGCAUUGGAAAUUUCGUGAAGGAGCUUCGAGAAGAGGGCUAUACGAAGUGCCUUCUGGAUGGGAAUCUAUUGCAAACAAAAAUUCACAACAUAGGUGCGACCCUUGUUGGAGUUGAUAAAUUUGGAAACAAGUAUUAUGAAAAAUUGCAGGACACUCAGUAUGGGCGGCACAGGUGGGUGGAAUAUGCUGAGAAGGGCCGUUAUAAUGCAUCCCAAGUGCCACCUGAGUGGCAUGGCUGGCUGCACCAUAUCACUGACCAUACGGGGGAUGAACUUUUGAUGCUGAAACCUAAAAGAUAUGGAGUAGAACACAAGGAGAACUUUUCAGGAGAGGGUGAUGAGUACAUCUACCACUCGAAGGGUCACGCUCUCAACCCUGGACAGAGGGACUGGACCCGAUACCAGCCAUGGCAACCCACCAAAAACUAAAUAAAGUCCUUUCCCUUAUUAGACUGAAGGCUUGGCAAGGAAAAUUCAGUGCGUUGCUUUUCUUGCCAUGUGAUCAUCCGUGAGCAAUGUCUACUAGAUAUUUUAACUGAAAUUUUAAUGCAGGCUGGAUGAACUUUGUGCAAAUAAAUGUAAUGAACUUGUUCCUUUCGAGAGAGCAACCUGUGAUUAUCGUAUUGAAACUUUGGAUUAUGAACUUUGGAUGAUGAUUUUCUGCAACCUUAAAGAAGCUUUUUGAAA